UUUCCCUAUCUGAUUCACACAAAUAUUUACUGUAAUUUGCAAGAGGAAUUGGUGUUGAAAUAAAGCAAAAAGGCUCCAAAAUAUUGUUUUUAAAGGAAGAAGAAGAAGAAAAAAGAGUAGUCAUUCAAUCAGAUUGGUUUCUUCACAUAGAAGUUGAGAUAAAAGGCAGAAGAAAGUGAUACCCAUGAACAAAGGAUAUAUCAAAAGUUCCAAACGGUGAAGAUCAUAUAUAUACAACGAGUAUUAGAUAAGGACUGGACCCUUUAAUUUGUUUCUAUGCAGAUUCACUUUGACAGGAAAAAGCUUUGAUCUUUUGUCUCUUUGCCCUCUCUUUCUUUCUUUGUGUUUCACCUUAAAAAAAAAGUAAAACUUUAGCUCUUAAAUAUCAUAACCAAGUUGUAGGAACUCGGUUUUUCCAUUUCCUCUGCUUUUUAAAGCCAACAUUUCUUUUUCUCCCCUUUCAUUUUUCUGCAACAUAUAUUUAUUUUCAGCCUGUUUCUUGUUUCGAGGAUGAUCUAAAGAACCAAGCUUUGCAUGGAGAACCAUAGAGUUGGAGAGACAGGUUUAACAGACUCAGGACCUUCUUCAAAUUACCAUCAUCACGCAGUUCUUCAUGGAAUGAAUGCUCCCAUUAGUAGUAAUUUCAUCCAUCAAAAUGGAUCUGCUUUCGGUUUUGGAGAGCUAGAAGAAGCAAUUGUUCCUCAUGGAGUGGAACUCACAAAUGAUGAAGCUAAAGCACCAGCUUUAUUCACAAGAAGCAGACCUUCUUCAGCUACUCUGGCGAUGUUGCCUUCUAAUUGGUCAUUGAGAUUUCAGCAAACCCCAAGAGAAAGUUGGAAUUCAAGAGGGGAAAGCACUGACUCAGUAUCAUCAUCAGCAGUGAACACUCUCCCGAGCAACCAGCUGCAACCAGAAUCUCCUAUCAGUCAAAAGGAAUCUUCUUCUGCAGAUCAUCAUCAACCUUUCAACCACAAGCCUCUGCAACAACAGCAGCUAGAGAUGGCAAGUGAUAUCUCAUCACUGAAUCAAUCAGCUGCUCAAGAAAAGUUACAAGAACAAGAAUCACAUAACAAUCAGCAAUCAGCAACUCUUCCCAGAAACUUUGGAAGAGGUUCAUCUUCUUCUGAGAAACAGCCAGAUGCUAAGACACUAAGACGUUUAGCUCAAAACAGAGAAGCUGCAAGAAAAAGCCGUCUUAGAAAGAAGGCUUACGUUCAGCAACUAGAAUCAAGUAGAAUAAAGCUAGCUCAACUUGAACAAGAUCUGCAGAGAACAAGAUCCCAGGGAUUUUUCGUGGGAGGGUGUGCUGCUGCUUUCGGAAAUAUCAGCUCAGGAGCUGCAAUGUUUGACAUGGAAUAUUCAAGAUGGUUAGAAGAUGAUCACAGGCACUUGUCGGAGCUUAGAACUAGGUUACAUGCUCACCUUUCCGACACCGAUCUUCAGACCAUCGUCGACGGUUACAUUUCACAUUAUGAUAAAAUUUUCCGGUUGAAAGAAGCAGCUGCAAAAUCCGAUGUUUUACACCUUAUAACCGGGAUGUGGAUGACGCCGGUGGAGCGCUGCUUUGUUUGGAUAGGUGAUUUUAGGCCCUCUGAGCUCAUCAAGAUGCUAGUAUCACAACUAGACCCAUUAACAGAACAUCAAGUGAUGGGGAUUUGCAAUCUCCAACAUUCUUCACAACAAGCAGAAGAGGCACUCACCCUAGGCCUUGAACAGCUCUACCACUCUCUAAUGGACUCCAUUGCUAGUGGUCCGGUCAUCCACGAAAUGCAACAAAUGGCUGUUGCCUUAAGCAAGCUUGCCAAUCUCGAAGGCUUCCUUCACCAGGCUGAUAAUUUAAGACAGCAAAUCCUUCACCAAUUGCCUCGGAUAUUGACCGUUAGACAAACAGCUCGAUGUUUUUUGGUGAUCGGAGGGUACAAUCAACGACUACGAGCACUUAGUUCUCUUUGGGCAUCCCAUGGACCUCCUGAGGUCUUGAUCAGUGAUGACCAGUCAUGCCAAACAACAGACUUGCAGAUGGUGAUGGUGCAACAAUCACAGAAUCAUUUCUCAAACUUUUGAUGAAAGCAGAAAAGAAAAGAAAUGGAGAUUCCAAUUAGGCAGCCAAUGAAUAAGCAGUCAGAGUCAUGUAAUUUGACAAGGAAUAUGUCAUACAUAUGUAGGCAUGCAAAAUGAAAAUUUAUCAAAGCUACUUAAUUUGGGUGAGGUGGGGCUUUUUUUCUUACUCAGUAAGUUUUUAAAUCCUUUGUAAAAAUUGAUUUUAAUGUGCAUUAUGGAACUAUUUUUUAUUA